GCAGCGAGACCCCCCCCCGUGUCCUGUGCUAUGAGCGUUCGGCGUGACUUCUCCGUGAGCAGUUGCAAAUGAAAAUGGAGGAUAUGUCUUUGUCUGGCCUGGAUAACAGCAAAGGGGAGGCCAUCGCGCACGAGAUCUACACGGACCUGGUGGAAGAUGCCUGCCUGGGGCUCUGCUUCGAGGUCCACCGGGCGGUCAAGUGCGGCUACUUCUUCCUGGACGACACGGACCCCGACAGCAUGAAGGACUUCGAAAUCGUGGACCAGCCUGGCGUGGACAUCUUCGGGCAGGUCUACAACCAGUGGAAGAACAAGGAGUGCGUGUGCCCCAACUGCAGCCGCAGCAUCGCCGCCUCCCGCUUCGCCCCCCACCUGGAGAAGUGCCUGGGCAUGGGCCGCAACAGCAGCCGCAUCGCCAACCGACGGAUCGCGAGCAGCAACAACAUGAACAAGUCGGAGAGCGACCAGGAGGACAACGAUGACAUCAACGACAACGACUGGUCCUAUGGCUCCGAGAAGAAAGCAAAGAAGAGGAAAUCAGAUAAGUCUCCCCAGCAAUGCGGGGUCAUCUCCGAGCACACCAAGAAGAUGUGCACCAGGUCCCUGCGGUGUCCCCAACACACCGAUGAGCAGCGCAGAUCGGUCCGGGUUUAUCUCCUGGGUCCCUCCGCGUCCCUGCCCGAGGCGGAGGGCAGCGUGGAGAACGACAGCUUUGAGGUGGCGGAGAGCCAGGCCAUCAUGAGCCGCCUGCAGUGGGACGGCUCCUCCGACAUCUCGCCCUCCGACUCGGCCUCCUCGAAAGCCAGUGAGUAUUCCGGAGUGGGGGGGACAGAUCCUGGACACAGAGCACUCCUGGGGGGGCCAAACUGGGUGUUCCUGAUGUCUCCCCAGCACAGGAGGGGAUGGACAGACAGACAGACAGACUGUGGCUACCCAAAGCCACCUCCAAGAGUCCCUAGAGGAAGGAGGUGCCAAGCUCCCACCGUAACGUUGCGGUGA